UGGCUUAUCAAAUCCAGAAGUCUUCGAAUAGGGACUCGCAGCUUGUUCUUUGUCUUUUUGCGCCCCCCAACUUCCUCCUGAAAAUGGAGGAAAUGUGUGUUGUCGUUGCUUUGUGUUUUCGCCUGUAGCUCGAUGACUUCGCUCGCUUCAGUGGAAAGUCAAACUUAUGAAGAACUUUGUGGAACAUAAAGACCAUGGAGUUAUUAUAACAGAGAAAAUCUUGCAGCCUGACACGUUCAUGUCUGCUGUCAUCAAUACCAUCUGUGGUUGGAAAGGCUUGAGAACAAUGGCAAAUGCACUUUCUGGAAGGACACCUGGAGUAAACCGAGAGGAUUAAAAACUAAGGAAGGCCAUUGUACUUCCAUUCCAACAAACCAAACGGGAGGAGAGCACAGGAGAGCAGAGAGGAGGUGUUGGGGAUGGGGUUAAGGAGCCAAAGGAGGACGUCAUGGUUCACAGCGGCUCUGCUUCCCCAAUGAACACAACACCAUCAGCAUCCCCUCAUUUAACUACAGCUCCUCCUUUAGUCUCUCCAUCUGGAGGUACUACAGAUCAGGACCUAACACAGUCUCCCACUAAACUCCUCACCGCAGGCCUUACCUCCAACUCAGAUCAAGCUCAGCCCCCUACUCAUGCUGAUGCAGAACAGCAUGUUGUAAUUGCAGCAAAAUCUUUAAGUACUAAGACAAGCUCAGAAUCAGUCUGGUCCUCUGAACAUACUUCAACUCCUGUUACUGGUGCAGUCAAUGGCCGUACAUCAGGCAGGAAGAGGACUCCUAAGUCCUGUGACUGUUGUGGCCCCAACAGUACAGGACACAAUGCCAGAACCUCAGGCAAGGGGAGGGGGAGAGGAAGGGUGGCUGGAAGGGACCUUGGGGUCACUCCUAAAAGGAAAGUGGACCAGUUGACACAGAUCAAAAGCUUUGAUUUGACCAGGGAGAAAGUAGAGGAAGUAAAGGAUGAAGAUAACAUGCAUCAGAAUGUGCAAAUCCCUGUAGCAGUCCCCUUGCAGGAAGAACCCAUAAGGAACUAUAUUGCUCCAGAGAAAGGAGAUUCCCAUAAAAAGGAGGAUGCAUUGAUAAAGGGCUCAGGGGUUUCUGAUGCGGUAGAGAAAGGAGGUGCGGAUUACAAGAGUGCAGACGUGAGAUUGGUAGGUACUGUAGGCAGUGGAUUACUAGUGGUUAGAGGUCAAGGGAGGGGAAUGAUGAAAGCUACAAGUGCAUUGAAUAUGGAAGGUAACACUGAAAUAAAAAAGGGAGGUGGAGGUGGUGCUGCUAUCAGUUCUAAAACUGAGGUCUUGGUGCCGCCAGUGGUGCAGAGGGAAAUGCAAGAUGCGCAGAUGCACCACAGAAACCAGAAUGACCCCAGCUCCGUUAAUUGCCUAGUUAGAAAUGGAGACAUGGUAAACCUGUCUGACACCGAUGGAGAAGAAGAAAAUGACAUGAUUGUGACUGAACCUGGAAAUGUACAGCUGUCCAUCUCAUGGCAGUCAGGUCCUGCUUCAAGAUCAGGAACACCUCAGGACCAUGACUCUGAGAUGCAGGUGGACCAAAUCCCUGACAGAACAGACCAAGUUUUGGUACCCAUAGAACUGUUCAACGGAAACAUUACCACACCGACAGACCACAACCACGAAUCUACAUCUAUGGAGGUGGAAAGUUCUCAUCCAGCUAUGGUUUCCCCUCCAGACUACUGCCCUGUUACAGUGAGCAGCAUGCAGCAUGGCUGGGCAUUAAGAGACCACAGGCUGUAUUGUCAGCCUGGCACCUGGGAGAAAGACCAGAUGGAUGAAACGUUGCAUGAGAAUCAGUCAGAAAACACAGAGAUGAAUGGAAAGAUGCAGAAUCAAGAAAGUCUGGAGCAUCUUACUGAUACUAUCCAUGAGUUUCUGGAGAGCUUCUAUAUAAAAUAUGGCAGUUUCAUUCCUCUCAGUGAAUCUGAUGUCCAGGAACACCUGAAGAAGGAGGGAAAGUGUGACCUCAGCAACAGUGGAUUGGACAUUAAAAGGGAGAUGGCUCGGUACAGGUCGGGGCUGGCCUCUGCUCCUGUUGCAGGCUUCAUGGUCAUGUAUAAUAAACACACACUAAGGCUGGAAGACCUCAGCACACUGGAGGAACAGAACUGGCUUAAUGAUCAGAUUAUCAACAUGUAUGGAGAACUCAUUAUGGAGGCUACGGAGCACAAGGUUCAUUUUUUCAACAGCUUUUUCCAUAAGCAGCUUGUGGCCAAAGGCUAUGAUGGUGUAAAGAGAUGGACUAAAAAAGUCGACUUGUUCUCCAAGUGGCUCUUGCUAAUUCCCAUCCAUUUGGAAAUCCACUGGUCCCUCGUCACGGUCACCAUGGCGACCAAAACCAUCAACUACUAUGAUAGCCAAGGCAUUGUCUUCAGACACACCACAGACAACAUUAUGAAGUACCUUCAAUCUGAAGCCAGGGAGAAGAAACAGACGGCUUUCCAGAAAGGCUGGAAGAUUACCAUAAUCAAGGGCAUUCCUCAGCAGAAAAAUGACAGCGACUGUGGGGUUUUUGUCCUUGAGUACUGCCGUCGCCUCUCUGUGAAGCAGCCGCUGCUGUUCAGUCAGGACGACAUGCCUCGAAUUCGCAAGCAAAUCUACAAGGAGCUGUGUGACUGUCGUCUCAACGACUGAAGGACUGAAUAUUGGCCGCCUUCGUGCACGGACUGCUUGCCUGGUUUCAUGAGAUGGUUUGUCCGAGUCUGUCAGAUGGCCUUUUUCACUGACAGCCAGUUACAUAAGCUAACACAACCUGGCCAUCUGUUUUCCAGGGAGCCCUAACUGCCCAUCUGCCUGCCCGACUGACAGCGGAGUGGCUGUCAUUUGGGACUUUUGGUGACUUUUGGAGUUCAAUAACAGUCUAUAGCUCAGCAAUUUUUUUUUUCUUUCUUUUUUUACUUGCAAAUCUUCAAAGAACUACUGACGUGGCCCCCUACUGACCCUCAAAAAUGCUGGACCUGUACACUUAGGGUUGCUUCUGCUUUCUACAGCUGCCACCUUCAGAGGAUCUUUAAGCCCCCUUUAAAAGAAAAAUGGAGCACUUAACGUUGACUGAGGAGACAAGUGUUACAUCAGCCUGGACCAAUAGGAAGGACCUUCAAUCCUAAAUGGAGUGGCCUUAAUGCUAGAUGGCCAUUUUAAACUGAAUGACAGUUUUAACAGUUUAUUUUAUGCUGGACUCCACAGAAGCAUCAUACUUAGAGUCCUGUGCAUGUUUUAUAACGUUAAUAAAGCUAACAUACGUUACAGUGGACCAGAUGUUCACUUAAAACUUGAAGGUUGGUGAUGGUUUCGUUCUCUUGGACUAGACAAUAUAUUUGCACGGUUAGAGGCCUAAACAUUGAAGUCUAGAAUUUCAACUGAAUGUACCAUCCAUGUUUUCUUCUUUGCACCACACAGGCUAAAGGCUUGAAACAGGGAUAGUAGAUUUGCCAUAUAGUUUUUGUUUAAAGUGUCAGGUUUUUGACAAUUUAUCUCAGUUGAUAUCUUAAUAAAAUUCCAGAUUUUUCAUUUUUUUUGUUUUGACUACAUCAUUUAUGGUAAGUUAGUUUCCAUCAGGCAUUUUCCAGCCUUCUUAGCCAAAAAAGAAAUUGUGUAAUCAUUGUAUCAUUUCAGUCCAUCAGUUUUCAUGCUUUUCAGUAAAUUUGCCAUUGAGCUACACUGCUAGCUGCUGAUCUAAGGAACAGGGCAGUUUCUCCAACAUUAUGGUGUCCCUGCUUCAUAUGGAUGCAUUAACACAGAUGAGGAAAGUUGUGGUUACUGAGUGGCCUCUGAACAGAGAAACAAGUAGACCUCAGUUAUUUGUCCGACCCGGGCUUAGUUGGUAUAUUCAAUUUAUGUGUAUUUACAGAUUGUAUUGUACCUUUACUGGCCUACUACUGUAUGUGCUUGCUCUGGCUAAGAACCGCAGUGGUUCAUGGACUGUUUUUAUUGUUGUUAUUAAAAGGCCAAUA